UAAAAGAAAGAAAUGGCAUCCGAAUUCGGACCACCAAAUCCAAUUCCCUGUGCUCAAUACGGUCAAUUCUUUCAACCAUUCUUUCAACAAAAUCCCAACUUUUGUCUAAUAGUAGGAUGUGAUUGUUCCAGUUCUUCUUUAGUUUUUCCUCCUCUUUCAUCUCCAUCGUUUUUGUCAUUGCCACCAUCAUCAUUAUCUCCUCUUCUACCAUUAUUGCUACCACCGUCAUCAUCACUAGCUCUUUCCCCACCAAUAUUACUACCACCACCACUUUUUUCUCCUGCCUCUACGCCUCCUCAAACUCUCCUGCCAACGAAACCUUCCUCUAAACCAACCCAGGUACUGAAUUUUUCUCCUCCAACUUCAACUCCAGCAUCAUCUUUUUCGUCAAGCGGCCUCAUCAUUGAAAUGGCAGCAACAGUCACUUUUGCCAUUUUGAUUGUGGUGCUUAGCGCUUUUGGUAUUUUUUAUUGGAAGAAUAGAAAGAGAAAACAUGAUAAAGAUCUCGAACUUAAAGGCAAUAACGGAAUAAUAGAAAUCUCCUCAAAGAACAGAAUAUUCAGAUACGAGGAGUUGGCAGUUGCAACAGAUGGAUUCUCGAAAGCGAAUUUGCUUGGAGAAGGUGGAUUCGGUUAUGUUCACAAAGGACUCCUUCCAAACGGCAAGGAGGCUGCCAUCAAACAGCUCAAGGAUGGAAGUAGGCAGGGAGAGCGUGAAUUUCAAGCUGAAGUAGACAUAAUCACUAGGGUUCAUCACAGGAAUCUCGUUUCUUUGCUUGGAUAUUGCAUCGCCGACCACCAUAGACUUCUCGUCUAUGAAUUUGUUCCAAACAAUACAUUAGAGUUCCAUCUACAUGGUUAUCCCAAGAUCAUCCAUCGUGAUAUCAAAGCUGCUAACAUUCUCCUCGAUUUUAAUUUCCAAGCGAAAGUUGCUGAUUUUGGGCUUGCAAAGUUUUGCCCGGAUAUGAAUACGCAUGUUUCCACUCGAGUCAUGGGAACUCUAGGGUAUGUAGCCCCUGAAUAUGCUUCCAGUGGAAACCUCACUGAAAAAGCCGACGUUUUCUCCUUCGGAGUCAUGCUUCUCGAGUUAAUUACUGGCCGCCGACCAAUAAUUGAUUCACAUCAUACUUUCAUGGAGGCAAUGCCUUUGCUAACAAAGGUUUUGAAAGAGAAUAAUUUUGAAGUUGUAGCUGACCAAAAGCUCCAAAAUCAGUAUGAACCAACCGAAAUGGUUUCCAUGCUGGCCUCUGCAGCUGCUUCUAUACGAUAUGAAGCAAAGCUUCGACCAAAGAUGAGCCAGAUAGUUCGUGCUUUGGAAGGAGAUGCAUCUCAAGUAGCUGAGUUCACUUCUAAUGUAUUAUCCUUAGAUUCUGAGGCUGCUGCAUACAGACGAGAAAUGAUUAAAAUCAUUUGUGACAUGAGUGGAUCCACGAGUUAAUUAGUGACACAAAUACAAUAUUAAUGAACCCGAAGGAGAUUAUAUAUUCACAAGAGUUUCCACCCUCAAAACAGGUUAGGUGAUUAGUGUAAUUAAGUUUUGUUUUCUGCGAUGAGAGUUAGGUUUCUUUUAUAAUUAACAACUAAGAUUAUACUAUCCCAACAGAUAUGUAAAUUAACCUACAGACCAAAAACAGUGUGUGUCAUAUAGUACAUACUACAUCGAUUGUCGAUCUAUUAAAGAAGCUAAAAAUUUGAACUUUAAUUUA